ACGCGCUGACAGUUGUCCCGUAAUAACGACACUUUCACUGACAGUUCUAUCGUUGUAUCCAUAAAAAAAAAAAAACAGAUGACAAGCCUGCCGAUGACAAGGAAAUGGAGAAUAUCGUGGCCCUGGAUGAGGGUGAUAUUGCCCUGCUCAAGACCUAUGGCCAAGGACCGUAUGCGAAGGACUUGAAGAAACUGGAGAACGAUAUCAAGGAUGCACAGAAGCGUGUGAACGAAAAGAUUGGUGUCAAGGAAUCGGACACAGGAUUGGCACCGCCUAGCUUGUGGGAUAUACCCGCGGACAAGCAGCGCAUGGGCGAGGAACAGCCACUUCAGGUCGCGCGAUGCACCAAGAUCAUUCAGGCAACAGGGGAUGAGCAGGCGAAAUAUAUCAUCAACGUGAAGCAGAUUGCCAAGUUUGUUGUCGGCCUGGGAGAGAAGGUAUCGCCGACGGAUAUUGACGAGGGCAUUCGCGUUGGUGUCGAUCGCACAAAAUACCACAUUCAGAUCCCAUUGCCACCCAAGAUUGACGCAUCUGUGACCAUGAUGCAGGUCGAGGAGAAGCCCGAUGUCACAUACAGCGACGUCGGAGGAUGCAAAGAGCAGAUUGAGAAGUUGCGGGAGGUCGUCGAAUUGCCCUUGCUGCAGCCGGAGCGGUUCGUCAAUUUGGGAAUCGAUCCACCAAAGGGAGUCUUGCUCUACGGACCACCUGGAACAGGAAAGACGCUUUGUGCCCGUGCCGCUGCGAAUCGCACGGAUGCUACAUUUAUUCGUGUUAUUGGAUCCGAGUUGGUCCAAAAAUACAUCGGAGAGGGUGCACGUAUGGUCCGUGAAUUGUUUGAGAUGGCCAAGACCAAGAAGGCUUGCAUCAUCUUUUUCGAUGAGGUCGAUGCGAUUGGAGGAGCGCGUUUCGAUGAUGGUGCAGGUGGUGACAAUGAGGUCCAGCGUACCAUGUUGGAGCUGAUCAACCAGCUGGAUGGAUUCGAUUCGAGAGGAAACAUCAAGGUUCUGAUGGCGACCAACCGACCAGAUACACUGGACCCUGCCCUGCUGCGUCCUGGACGUCUGGAUCGCAAAGUCGAGUUUUCAUUGCCAGAUUUGGAAGGACGUGCACAUAUUCUUAAGAUCCAUGCCCGAUCGAUGAGCGUGGAGCGUGAUAUCCGUUAUGAGCUGAUUGCGAGAUUGUGUCCCAACAGCACAGGAGCCGAAUUGAGAUCUGUGUGCACAGAGGCGGGCAUGUUUGCAAUUCGUGCAAGGAGAAAGGUUGCGACAGAGAAAGAUUUCUUGGAGGCCGUGAACAAGGUCAUCAAGUCGUACGCAAAGUUCAGCAGUACGCCCAAGUACAUGACUUACAACUAGGAUCGAGCAACGCAGCUGUUAGAGUCCAUACAGAUUACAGAAUGAAUAAACAUGUACAAAUGGUAUAAAAAAAGUGCCUUGUUCAAUGAUGAGUAUGGACUUUUCUCUCCCGUCCACCGGGAACUAUAUGCAUCAUGUGUCUUCGUCUACAACUUGAACCCAGAAUGGAUCGCAGCGACACCAAAGGUCAAGUCCUCAUAUCCCUGACCCAUGACGGUGAAUCCAGCAUCCUUGACCAUCUUUGCAAACUCCUUCUGUGGGGGGAACUUGCGGAUGGACUCGACCAGGUACUGAUACGAAUCCCUGUCAUUGGCAACGAUCUGGCCAAUGGUAGGGAUCACAUCGAAAGAGAACACAUCGUAGACCCUAUUGU